AUGGCGACAUCACAAUGGAACCCCUCCACGGAUAUGCCAGAUCUGAACGGCAAAGUCGCUGUCGUGACUGGGGGCAGCUCGGGAAUUGGCCUUGAGACAGUCAGGUUCCUGGCUCGGAAAGGAGCGAGGGUGUAUUUGACUACGCGAAGUGAAGCAAGAGCCAGACAAGCCAGAGACAAGCUCACCAAAGACGGUGGUAUCGAUGCGAGAAAUGUUCGAUAUCUGGUCAUGGAUCUGUAUGAUCCAGUCAGCAUUACUCAAGCCGUCGAAGAACUAAAGAAAAAUGAGACAAAGCUUCACAUCCUAAUUAACAAUGCCGCUGCCUCAACAUCAUCUACCAUGUUGGUUGACGGUAAAUACGAACAACACAUGACCGCCAACCAUAUGAGACCUUUCAUUCUAAUCAACAGACUUCUACGCCUCCUCAAAGCAGCCGCCAAGGAUCCUGAAGCCGACGUCAGGAUCAUAAACCUCAGCUCCACGGCGAGCAUCAGCAUGCUCCCUGCCAACUUCAAGUUUAACUUCGACUCGCCAACAUGUUUCAACAAGCCAGUCACGUCUUACCCAUGGCAAUGGCGCUAUGUUGGAAGAUUCGUGUUUGGCUUUGACAUCAUCCGGUACGCUGUGUCCAAAGCGGCAGUGGUACUACUCACACAAGAGCUUCAAGAAAGAUUAGAGGGACAGAAUAUGGCUAUUACUUGUAUAGCUGUUCAUCCUGGGGAGGUACUCACUGAGGGUGUGCUGGCUAUUAAUACUGUUCUUGUCAGGGCUAUAGCUCGCUUGUCAUUCUUGACUGCUGAGCAGGGUGCUGCUAAUUCUUUGUUCGCAGCGACAGCAACGGAGGUAAAGAAGGAUAUGGUGAAGUACAAGGGGAGGUUUAUAGUUCCGGUGGGAAAAUUGGAAGAGCCUAAUCCUGUUGCUAAAGAUGACCGGCAGGUUAAGGGGCUGUGGGAGAAUACAGUGAUUGAGGUGAACAAGUGGCUUGUAGAGAAGAAGCUUGCUCUCUUAGAGCCCUGGUAA